AUGGCUCCUGUCAACUUUUCAAGGAAUGGCUCAAUGCUGGCCGGGCAGUGUCCGGUUGACAAGCUGUCGACUCGUCGAGGAUGGAUUGUUGACGAGCGGAAACCCCGUAACGGCGGUAGGAGAGACCCAUUUGGGAAUUGGGCGAGGAAUUUGACCGAAAGUACCGAGGGUCACCUUGCGACCCCGGAGAAGAAGAGGAAGACGCAGAACCUGAAGCCCCACCCGCUAGAAGGUCUCUCGGAUCUGGGAAAUUCACCGCGGUUGAUCCGCAGCCACUCACCUUGGACCGACCGAGGGCACGCCGACAUCGCCCCGCCGCCGAGGCAGGCAACUCUGGAAUUUGAGCGAGAUUCCCAUGACCUUUCCAGCCAGUGA